AUCGGUUAACUAGCCAUAAUUUUAGUCGUAUAUCCGUUCGCUACAUAAACCCAAACCCCUCUAAAAAUCAUUACCGCCAAAGUAUGGGCACUCACGGACGCAGCAAAAGCAAAAAGGACGCGUCGUCGUCUUCCAAGAGUCGACGCAGAAGAAGAUCCGACGACUCCGAGUCCGAUUCGGAGUCCGAGUCGUAUUCCGAGUCCGAUGCCUCUGACAGCCGCGACUCUUCUCCUCCGAGGAGUUCCGGUAAGGGCAAGGAACACCGCCGUAGCAGAAAUAGCAGCCGCCGCAGCGGACGCCGGAAGGACUCUUCCGACGACGAGUCGUACGACAGCGAUGAGACUGAAGAGCGUGACGGCAAGAAGAAGAGGUCGAAGAACGUUACCGAGGAUCAAAUCGCUGAGUACUUGGCUAAGAAGGCGCAGAAGAAGGCAACUCGAGUAGCCAAGAAGAUCAAGUCUAAGACCGUUUCAGGUUAUUCAAAUGAUUCGAAUCCCUUUGGUGAUUCCAAUCUCAAUGAAAUAUUUGUGUGGCGAAAGAAGAUUGAUCGUGAUGUUUCCAAUGGUGUUCCCCUUGAAGUGUUUUCAGUUAAGGCUGAGAAAAAAAGACAGAGAGAAAGAAUGGCUGAGGUUGAAAAGGUCAAGAAAAGAAGGGAAGAAAGAGCACUUGAAAAAGCACAACAUGAGGAAGAAAUGGCACUGCUAGCUAGAGAACGUGCUCGGGCUGAGUACCAAGACUGGGAGAAAAAAGAAGAAGAGUUUCACUUUGAUCAAAGCAAAGUCAGGUCAGAGAUCAGAUUGCGUGAAGGGCGUAUUAAGCCAAUUGAUGUACUGUCCAAGCAUCUCAAUGGUUCAGAUGAUUUUGAUAUUGAGAUAAAUGAGCCAUACAUGGUUUUCAAGGGCUUGAGUGUAAAGGAAAUGGAAGAGCUAAGAGAUGACAUCAAAAUGCAUCUUGAUUUGGACAGGGCAACACCAACACAUAUAGAGUUCUGGGAGGCACUUUUGGUGGUUGCGGAUUGGGAGCUAGCUGAAGCUCGGAAGAAAGAUGCAUUGGCUCGAGCUAAGGUUCGUGGAGAGGAACCUCCUGCUGAGUUGCUUGCGGAACAAAGAGGCUUGCAUUCUAGCAUUGAAGCAGAUGUCAAGACUCUCUUAGAAGGAAAGACUUAUAGUGAAUUGGAGGCGUUACAGUCCAAAAUUGAGUCACAGAUGCGUUCUGGAACAGCCAAGGUUGUUGAGUAUUGGGAGGCUGUUCUUACACGCCUCCAUAUAUUCAAGGCCAAGGCUUGUUUGAAAGAAAUCCAUACUAAAAUGUUGCACAAGCAUUUGCAACGCCUUGAGCAACGGGUGGACGGUGAAGAGAACUUGGAUACAGUUCAUGAUUUACAACCUGAAGAGGAGGAGAGUGAGCUUGAUGUUAAAGAUGCUCAAGCAUUUUCUCCAGAACCCUUGGAGGAGGAGGAGGAGAUUGACGUGGCUGAGGAAGAGGCCGGAUCAUUUUCACCAGAACUGUUUCAUGGAGAUGAAAAUGAGGAAGUGCUUGACCCUGAAGAGGACAGGGCUAAGCUGGAAAGGAAGCGUGUGGCUGUGCUAGAAGAACAACAGAGACGGAUUCAAGAAGCUUUGGCAUCAAAGCCAGCUCCACCACCAGAAGAUAACUUUGAGAUGAAGGCCAUGAAAGCCAUGGGAAUCAUGGAGGAAGGAGAUGCAGUUUUUGGCUCUAAUUCUGAAGUGAAUCUUGACUCACAGGUAUACUGGUGGCAUGACAAGUACCGACCUAGAAAGCCGAAAUAUUUCAACCGCGUUCACACUGGAUAUGAAUGGAACAAAUACAACCAGACUCACUAUGAUCACGAUAACCCACCGCCAAAGAUUGUGCAAGGAUAUAAAUUCAACAUCUUCUAUCCAGACCUUGUGGACAAGACAAAGGCCCCACAUUAUACUAUUGAGAAGGAUGGCAACAGCAGCGAGACAUGCAUUAUAAGGUUUCAUGCUGGACCACCUUACGAGGACAUUGCAUUCCGGAUAGUAAACAAAGAAUGGGAAUACUCUCAUAAGAAGGGCUUUAAAUGCACGUUUGAACGCGGAAUAUUGCACGUAUACUUCAACUUCAAACGAUACCGCUAUCGCAGGUGAUAUGCUGGUGGUUUGCUACUUUUUCCUCUAAAGCUGAAAUAUAUGAAAGUGAAACCAUUCCAUAAGUUUUGUACUAGAGAUUUUGUAUUCGCUAACUAUCUAUGGAAUACAAGAUUUUGAAUUCCAAUUUUAUUAUAGUCCUCAAUGCUGCCAAAUGAGCGUUUACAGUAUGCUGGCAACUGCUCAUUCAACCAAAAUCUGAGCUCAAGAUACCAAAUUUUUUUAUUUUUAAUAUUUUAUAUACAACUCCAAGAACUCGUAAUCAA